ACUUACAACAUACACAUCCACCUGUUUUCACAUCCUCGAAAUCAACAUCCAAAAUACGCCACACCCAGGACGCCCGCCAAAUUUCAAAACCAGCGCAUAGAACACCAGUAACGCGCCCCGGCGCUCAUAUCAACAUCAUCAUGGCGCCACCCGCCGACGAAUCCCCAGCCACAGACGCGACUCCGGCCCCGGCCCCGAUCCUCUUCCGCGCAAACAGGAAGCGCAAAGCAGGCCUCCGCCAACGCGCCGCAUCGCCCACCGCCGACGACGACAACGACACCAUCGUAGCCUCGAAAUCAAAUUCGACAGCAGAAAACACCACGACACCGGCAUCAGCCACCGAGAUCACCGCCGACGAUGGCCCCGAAGCGAAUAUCCCCUCCGCCCUCCGUCACCGCGCUCGUAAGCGACUCAACGGCGUAGGCUUCUCCGUGCGAGGCGCAACGACUCUCGUCGCCGGGGACGAUACAGACCCCGUGAGCCUAUCGUCAUCAUUAUCGCACGCACUGGUUCCCGCCACAGCACAAACCCCAGACGACGACCCCCUCAUCGCAAAGCGCUUCGCGCCGCAGACCGGCGCAGCAGCGACUACAAUCGUCAACAAACACAUGAUGGAAUACAUAGAAUCGCACCUCUCUAACCGCAACCCCCCACCACCACCAUCCGAACCAUCAACCUCCUCCCAACACCAAGCCGCCGCCGCCGCCGUCACCAAUCCGUCAACAUCAGCACCCUCCGCCGGACCAGCCGAACUCCCAGACCCCAAAAACCACCCCAUCAUGCAAGGGAAACUCAUGGAAGUCGACCUCGGCGACGAAGUCCGCGCUCGGAACCAAGCCAUGACGGAAAAGGCAGCCCGCCGCCUCCUAGGCGAAGCCGUCGACGAAGAUACCGGCGGCCGGCGAGCCAAGAAACCCCGCCUCGGCAGGGACGGUAAACCCUGGCGGCCCAGAAAUCGGCGCACCAGCGACGACAUCAAGCGCGACCAGCUCGUCGAGGAGAUUCUGCGCGAGAACAGACUCGACGUCUACGACGUGCCCAAACCACAGGAACCCCAAAACGAAGGCGACGGCGACGCAGACGACCGCAUCGCCGAGGAAUUCCGGCGCGAGUUCAUGGACGCCAUGGUGCAGCGCCAACAAAAGAAGAAGACGGCAGCGCCGGCGGCCCGCGCCGGGGCUCGCAAGGCCGAUGAAGAAGUCCUCAAGGGUCCGAAGCUGGGCGGUAGUCGCAACGCUAGAGCCGCCAUGCGCGAUUUGCUUUUGAAGAAAGAAAAGGAGAAGGACUCGAGAAGAUGAUGAUGAUGAGCCUAUCCAUCCACCUUUGCUUCUUGUAUACAUUAGUGACAAAGACGAGUUUUGAAUGAUACCCAUGAUCAGAAAGUUCAUUGU